ACGCUAAAUCCCCUUUAAUUAAUUAAUUUAUAUAUUUAAUCCAUUCAUUCAUAUAUACUCCUCCAUUUUAGUUAAAUUCUCUCUCCUCAAUCAUCUGCAACCAAAAAAACUGCUUCAUGAGUGAUAAGUUUUAUUGUAUGACCAUGAGGAUGAACAUCGACUGCAACGGUUGCUAUCGUAAAAUCCGAAGAACUCUUCUCAAGAUGCAAGAGUUGGAGAGCCAUUUGAUAGAGAGGAAGCAGUGUAGAGUAAGCGUAUGUGGAGUAUUUGUUCCGCAGGAUGUGGCUAUAAGGAUAAGGAACAAAGUUAAUCGCAGAGUUGAGAUACUGGAAAUUAAGGAAGUGGAUUCCAACACGAUGGACAGCGGAAAAUAAUUAGGGUGUAGUUACAAAGACGCUUGGUGUAUUUUGUGUUUGUAUCUUAGAUUUUUUUAAUUCUGUGUUUUCUGUGCUCUACAUUGUAUUGGAAAGCUUUGUGACAAAGUCUUGCGUGUGAAAAAAGGACAAGUAACAAGUUAAAAUCAA